AUGAGUGGAUUGAAAAAGUCCCCUGAAGAACUCAAAACAAUUUUUCAAAAAUAUGCAGCCAAGGAGGGUGAUCCUGACCAGCUAUGUAAGGAUGAACUGAAAAUGCUAAUUCAAGCAGAAUUCCCACAUUUAUUGAAGGGGCCAAGCAGUAUCGAUGACCUUUUUAAAGAAAUGGACAAAAAUGGCGAUGGAGAAGUCAGUUUUGAGGAAUUCAUGAAUCUGAUAAAAAAGAUAUCUCUGUGA